AUGCCUAAAAUUAGAGUAAGUGGCAUCGACUUUUUGAAUAUGAUCAGAAGGUUUCGUUUCUCGCAUCAAUUUGUAUUGUUUUAGGUGGUCCCAUUAGGAGCGGGACAAGAUGUAGGUAGAAGUUGUAUAUUAUUGUCAAUUAAUGGAAAGAAUAUCAUGUUGGAUUGUGGGAUGCACAUGGGCUAUCAAGAUGAACGAAGAUUCCCUGAUUUUUCGUGAGUUAUUUGAUUUUUCUUUAAAUUUUAGGUAUCAAGAACAAGAAUUGUACUAGGAAAAGAGUCAGUGAAACUGUAUAAAGCUGGCGACCCUUCCGGAAAUUGGUUCUUGUGAAGAAACUUUUGCGAAAGAUUUGCAAAAGGAAAGCUUUGCGAAAUUCUAUUUUUUUAAGAAAUACGUCAAGGAUAAUAUAAAUUAGACAUCUUAUAUAAAAAUUUUAGGUAUAUUGGUGGAGGAGGAGACUUGACCAGCUACCUGGAUGCUGUUAUCAUCUCCCACUUUCAUCUUGAUCAUUGUGGCGCACUUCCGUACAUGACAGAAAUGUGCCGAUACGAAGGUUCAAUUUAUAUGACCCAUCCGACCAAAGCUAUUGUCCCUGUGCUUCUUGAAGACUACCGGAAGAUUCAAACUGAAGUUCGAGGAGAAACAAACUUUUUUACCAGUCAGAUGAUUAAGAAUUGCAUGAAAAAGGUACGAACUUGUGAUGGGAAAUAUUAUUGGUGUUUAGGUAGUCGAGGUUGGACUUCAUGAAGUCGUCGAGAUUGAUGAAGGGUUUUCGAUCCAGGCUUUCUACGCUGGUCACGUUUUGGGUGCAGCCAUGUUCUUGAUUCGAGUUGGGGACCAAAGUGUUUUAUAUACGGGCAAGUGGAAUGUGUAAUUUAUUAAAUUUUGCGACGACUUGUUUCUUUCUGUUUCUUAUUUUUUACUUUUCAAAAUAUUUUUAGGCGACUUCAACAUGACUCCCGAUCGUCAUUUGGGUGCUGCUCAUGUCUUUGCGGGUCUAAAGCCCGACCUCCUUAUCACAGAAACAACUUAUGCCAGUACAAUUCGUGACUCAAAACGGGCCCGAGAACGCGAUUUCCUCCAAAAAAUCAGUGACACAGUUUUUGAUGGAGGGAAGGUUUUGAUUCCAGUCUUUGCCUUGGGCCGAGUUCAAGAAUUAUGCAUUUUAUUGGAGUCGUACUGGGAAAGGCUUGGACUAAAGGUCCCGAUUUACUGCUCUGCCGGCCUGGCAGAUCGUGCCACCAAGUAUUAUCGACUGUUUAUUGGCUGGACCAAUGAGAAAAUAAAGAAAAAUUUUGUCCAAAGGAAUAUGUUCGACUUUAAGGUGAGAUUUUGAUUUUUUUUUGUGGAAUUUUGUGUAACUAAUCCGCUAUAUUUUUUGCAAAUCGUUUCUGCAGUUAUAUACUAACUCUCCAGCACCAUUUUAGGGGAUUUUAUAUCGUUUUACUUUACUAUCUCUAUUAAAUUACCUUGUUUUAGCACAUCUCCCCACUCGAUCCCUCAUAUGUUGAUGCACCAGGUCCAAUGGUGGUCUUCUCAACUCCCGGAAUGUUGCAUGGAGGACAGUCGUUGAGGAUCUUUAAGAAAUGGUGUGGAGACGAAAAGAAUUUGAUCAUUAUGCCGGGGUAUUGUACUGCCGGCACAGUUGGCGCAAAAGUCAUCGCUGGCGCGAAGAAGGUCAUGAUCGAUCAAAAGGAGGUAAGGGGUUGAAAAAAUAGGGCCUUGUGAGUGGAUUGAUUUGUUUUUGAUAUUCUUUAUUUGCAUUUUUACCAUUUUCGACAAUUUUUUUGUCUAGUUUGCCAAGUGUAAUAUAAAAAAACGUUUGAAAUGUAGAUUUUUGUUUGAUUUGCAGUAUGAAGUCAAUAUGAGAGUGGAAUAUAUGUCAUUCUCUGCUCAUGCCGAUGCCAAGGGCAUCAUGUUGUUGAUCAGGGACGUCGAGCCAUCCAAUGUUAUGUUUGUGCAUGGGGAAGAAUCCAAGAUGGAAUUUCUCAAAGGAAAAGUGGAAAAGGUCAGUUUUUAUUGGUUUCUUUAAAAGAUUAUGACUCUUACUUUAUUAUGAAUACCAUUUCUUGGUUAAAUUUUAAUUCAUAUUUUCCCCAUUUUCAGCAAUUCAACAUCCCCGUUUUCAAGCCGGCGAAUGGCGAAACAAUCGUAAUUGAAACUCCCCUAAAAGUAUUUGUGGAUAUCCCAUCAGCUCUGAUCCAAAAAUCCAUGGAGAUUGUGGGGCCUCGCGCCUCCAAAAGGUUCUGUCCAAUUCGAGGAUGCUUUAUCAUGAGCAAUGACACAAAACAGUUACAAUUUGUGGCUCCGGAUGAAGCCGCAAGUCAAUUGGGAUUGAAAUUGCACAGCGUUACGUUCAGCGAGGUCUUCCGUAUGAACACGGAUUUGAAUCUGAAGCAAGUCGCCGCGAUUUUGAGGAAAUAUGAUCCGGAAUUGCAGGAGAAAACGGUUGGUUCACUUAUUAUUUAAAUUUUAAUGAUAGUAGUCCAAUUUUCGAUAUUUCAAUCGAAAAUUGGUAGAGUUUAUAUGCCUUCAAGGUAUUUUAAUUUGAUUUAGAAUAAGAAAAAAUAUAAGGGACGGUACUUUUGGAUAUCGUACUAGGCGGAUUAAGGGGAAAAUUUUAAAAAUUUCAUCAAUUGGUUAGUCUACUAAAUUCAAAUUAAUUUCAGGAUGGAAUUGACAUGUUCGAUAGUGAAGUUUUGAUAGCAGCAGUCCCCAACGAACCAAAGAAUGUGGAGAUUAUUUGGGACGACGACCGCGAGAACUGGCUCAGCGUUUUGGUCGAAGAAAUCGGAGCCAAAAAGAUUGGUGAAGCCGGAGAAUUGUUGUAA